AACCUAAAUAACCUAUAAACACAUCACUUGAAAGUUUUUAAAAAUUCUCAUUUUCUUGUGAUAUCGGUGUUUUUAGUUGUUCGAUAACGUGGACGACUACCACUGUUUUAUAACUGAUUUUUUAACAAUGUCCAGUAGUGGAAUCUGUAAUAUAAAAGCAGAGUAUAUUAUUCCGGAUCCAAAAAGAGAUGUAAAUCUAGACCAUGUAUCUGAUAAAGACAAAAUUAACUUCGAAAAUGCUUCAAUUGCCGAUGAGACAAAUGAACCACCUUUUAAAAAACAGAAAUUUGAUAAAAGCAAGAAAUUGAAAGGCCAAAAUAAGUCUAGAGGACCUACCUAUCGUGUAGACAAAGGUGACGAACUUUGUAGCAAUUUAAUAAAUGUAGUCCUCGAUGGUGAAAUUCCAACAUGUGAAAGAAAAAAUUGCCAAUUUUUGCACGAUAUUAAAAAGUAUCUAGAAUUAAAAGCAAAAGAUUUAGGUGACAACUGUUAUAAUUACCAAGUUUCUGGUAAAUGUGCUAGGGGAUUGUCUUGUAGGUUUGGCAGUGAACACAUAACUACAGAAGGUACAAAUAAAAUUGACCAGGAGAAGUUAUUAGCUUUCGAAGCUAAUGGACCAUAUACAAUAAACACCCUUAAACAUGAUGUUCAAAUAGCUCUGAGGAAAAGAACUUAUGAUUUCAAGUUAGCUGAAAAGUGUGUAAAAUAUGUAGACAGUAUAAAAAAGAAUAAUCAUGAAAGCGAAAAAAGUUCAAACCCUCCUACUGGCUCAGUCACUGAUGAAGACAUUAUUAAACUCCUUCAAAGGGAGAAAAAGAAAAUACAUUGGAGUGACAAAUUAUUUUUAAGUCCUCUUACAACUGUUGGAAAUCUUCCUUUCAGACGAAUUUGUAAAGAAUUUGGUGUUGACAUCACAUGUGGAGAAAUGGCAAUGUGUUCAUCAUUAUUACAAGGUCUGCCUCAAGAAUGGGCCCUUCUAAAACGCCAUAAAAGUGAAGAUAUAUUUGGUGUUCAACUGUGUGCUAAUAAUCCUUUUCUUUUAACUAAAUGUGGACAGCUUUUACAAAAUGAGACUGAUGUUGAUUUUGUCGACUUGAAUUUGGGAUGUCCCAUUGAACUUGUAUAUAAUUCGGGAGCUGGAUGUGGUUUAUUGAGAAGGCCAAGGGUUUUAGAAACUUGUGUAAAAAGUUUAAGCAGUAUUUUAGAUGUACCACUUACUGUGAAAAUGAGAACAGGAGUUUAUAGCAGUGAAAAUAUUGCACACACUUUAGCUCCAAAAAUGAAGGAUUGUGGUGUUAGCUUAUUAACAAUUCAUGGAAGGUCUAGGGAACAGAGAUAUACAAAAUCCGCAAAUUGGAAUUAUAUAGAAACAGUGGCACAAGCUGCAGCUCCUAUGCCAGUAUUAGGAAACGGUGACAUUUUGAGUUAUGAAGAUUAUAAAAAGUCCAAAGAAACUGCACCCCAUCUAACAGGAGUGAUGAUAGGUAGAGGUGCUUUGAUAAAACCUUGGAUUUUUACAGAAAUAAAGGAACAAAAAAUUUGGGAUAUAUCCAGCUCCGAAAGAUUUGAAAUUAUUAAAAAAUAUUCAAACUACGGAUUAGAACAUUGGGGUUCAGAUAACAAAGGUGUUGAAAAUACUAGAAGAUUCUUGUUAGAAUGGCUCUCUUUCUUAUAUAGAUACAUCCCCGUAGGAAUCCUAGAAAGUCCUCCUCAAAAAAUCAAUGAAAGACCACCCCAUUUUAAGGGGCGAGACGAAUUGGAAACAUUGAUGGCAUCUCCCUCUGCUUCUGAUUGGAUAAAAAUAAGUGAAAUGCUACUUGGACCAGUUCCAGAAAAUUUUAAUUUCUUACCAAAACAUAAGGCAAAUUCCUAUAAAAAUUAAUGUUUUUAUUAUUGUUUUAAGUAAAGGUUAAAACUGCAAACG